AUGAAUUCCUGGUCAUACGCAACCCCCGGCUUGGCGGGCAGCCUCAUCACGAAUCGUCAGCCUCAUAGUCGAUCUCCUUUACGAUUCUGUCCACGCAACCUAAGUACCUCUUUUCUUGCGUUAGUUACGUGUUCAAAUGCCAGAGGUAUGACUUCGAUGGCCUCAUUAUUUGCAUGUUGUUUCUCUCAAGACCGCCGCACGAGCAACUUAGACUCGGAAGCCCGCCGUACCCGCAUCAUCGCAGUCACUGCCCAAGGGCACAGCCCGCCUCGGCCACAGAGAAACGAUGACAGUCCUCCACUAUAUCACGACGUCGUGCAAGAAACUCUGAAUACCGCAGACGAAAAGAACCGAGCAAAUUUCAUUGCGGUGAUUGAAGACCAAGACAAUAUUCCACGACCCGGAUCGCCCGACUCUUCCGUUGUCUCAAUCCCGUCUACACGAGUCACCGAUCUGACUUCCACAUAUACUGGCGACAGUGCAUGUGUUGUUACGAGGCGAGGCCUGGAGCGCUCAUCGACACGGGGAAGUCGACCGCCCUCAUACUACUCGAAUGGUCAUACCGCGAGAAGUGCGAGCCCGGCUUCAGUCGCCGUGAGCGAAAGAGACAGUAUCUGGCGACAUCCGGUAAUGGCGCACAACUGGCUAGAAGUCUUACAGCAGGAAGCUCUGAGAGAGGCUUCGCUCAGUGCAGGCGCCGCAUCCGAACAAGUUCGAGUCCGGGAAAGAGGUGCAGGAGGGUGA